AUGUCCCACCUCCACGCCCUCCACUCCAUCGCCCUCACCCACGGCGGCAACCGCGCCUUCGGCCUGCCGGGCUACGCCGCCUCCGUCUCCUACAUCUGGAACCGCAUCUCCCACACCCCGGGCAUCAAGACCUGGAAGCAAGACUUCCCCGCCCUGUUCGGCUUUGUCGAAUCCAUCGACCUCAAAGUCGGCGGCGAGGACAUUUAUGUCUUUGGCCUGACCUACUCCCCCUCAACACCGCCCGAGGGCAUCACUGCUGAGAUUGUGGCCGGUCCCGAGGGCGCUGCUGGGUGUGACGAUUCUGCCUAUGAGGGGUUGGAUGUGGCUGGCAAGAUUGUGUUGGUGCAGAGGUUUAGAUGUCCGACGGGGGGCACGCUGGCAGGGAGGUUGUUACCGGCUGCGAGGGCUGGGGCUGCGGCGGUGAUUAUUUAUCAUGAUUUGACGACGAAUGUUACGGCGGGAAGUCUGUCGGCGCCGAGUGAGGAGCAUGUUCCGGGGGGUUUCAUUACGCUGGCGGAUGGGCUGAGGAUUAAGGAACGGUUGGCGAAGGGGGAGAAGCUGGAGGCGUGGUUUCAGCAGACGCAGAUUGUGGAGACGAGGACCACGCAGAAUGUGUUUGCUGAGACGGCUUGGGGGGAUCCGGAUAAUGUUAUCGUCCUCGGCGCGCAUUUGGACAGCGUCCAAGCCGGUCCGGGUAUCAAUGACGAUGGCUCCGGCACCAGCCUAAUUCUCGAGCUCCUGCUCGGAGCAAGCAAGUACCGCACCAAAAACAAGAUCCGCUUCGCGUGGUGGGGCGCCGAGGAGAACGGCCUCCUAGGAUCGCGAUUCUACUGCGCGAACCUCGAGGCGUCCGAGGCCGACAAGAUCCUGGCCUACCUCAACUUCGACAUGGUUGCCAAGGGGUACAUUGGCGUGGGAGAUGGCGAUGGCAGCUCGCACGGCAGCGUCGCGCCGCCCGGGUCAGACGUCAUUGAGCGUAUUUACCUUGACUAUUUCAAGAGCCAGGGCACCACCACCACGCCGGCGGUCAUCACGAAUGGAAGUGACUACGCGUCGUUUUGGCAAGUGCUGAACAAGCCGUUUGGGUUUUUGCAUACGGGAACGGGGGUUGAGCAGGAUCCGUGCUAUCAUCAGGCCUGUGAUACGAUCAAUAAUCCGGAUCCUAAGACGAUUACGAUUAAUGCGAGGGCGGCUGCUCAUAUGUUGAGCAUUCUCUCCAUGAAAGGAACGGACCUCAUCCCGAAGACCCCCGUGAAUUCGUCCAUGUUGGCCGGAAUUCGCAUGCGUGAAGCCCCGCUUGAUAUCGUCAGGAUUGAGGAGCUGGAAGCCUUGGGCGAACGACAUUUGGGAUGCGGUCAUGAUAUUUGA